CAUUCUCCCUUUUCUCCUUCCCAAUUUCCAGCCACAAAAUUUGGCCACACCAAUGACGAUCUUCAUCUUUAUCACCCAAUCACUGUGUUUCCCUUCUGCAAAAUUCAUAACCCAAACACAUUGCCCUAACUCAGCACCGCAUCCCACUGUUUAUGAGUCUUCAUAGCUCGCAUUCCAAUGGUAGCCGCUUUCUCAACUCGAGCUCAAGCUCUUAAACCAACUCCAACCACUGCAACUCUGUAUCGGUCACCGUCUGAGCGAACUUCGGCUUCCCAUUUGUCAUUCUUCAAGAGUUCGUUCUUUAGAGGUCAAUUUUGUAGCCGGCGCUUUCUUGGAUUCAACUCAAGUUGUACUCGGAGGCGUCAUUUAGGAAACGUGGUGUCACCCAGUUGUGUUCUUCCAUUGACUGAGGAAAAUGUGGAGAAAGUGUUGGACGAAGUAAGGCCAAGCCUGAUGGCUGAUGGAGGGAAUGUUGCUUUGCAUGAGAUAGAUGGGCUUGUUGUGAUAUUGAAGCUUCAAGGAGCAUGUGGCUCUUGCCCAAGCUCAACCAUGACACUCAAAAUGGGAAUCGAGACCAGACUCAGAGACAAAAUUCCUGAAAUUUUGGAAGUUGAGCAGAUCAUAGACACUGAAACAGGACUUGAACUCAACCACGACAAUGUUGAAAAGUUACUUGCAGAGAUUAGGCCAUACUUGGCUGGGACAGGGGGUGGAAUUCUGGAGCUGAUAGAGAUAAAAGAUUACGUUGUUAAAGUGCGGCUGAGUGGACCAGCAGCUGGAGUUAUGACAGUUCGAGUUGCUCUCACACAGAAGUUGAGGGAGAAAAUACCAGCCAUUGCAGCUGUGCAGCUUAUAGAAUAGAACCAGCUUUGAUUCAGACAUGCUCACCUCAUUUUCUCUUUUCAUUUCAUUAUUUUCUCUUCAUUGAUUUCUGAACUAUAAGAGUGACAGAGAAAAAGAAUGAAAA